UUCUGUUUUCACCGUUCACGAGGAGCAGGAGUUUCAGAUUUGAGUUGGCACCCACAUGAAAUAUCAGUGAAACUCUGAAGGAAGGACAAGGAAAUCCAAAGCAGCCGCUGUGCUUUGGGUUCUUAAACCCUUUUUCUCACCCUGCAAUUCGACCACGCCAAGACCGAUGAGCUAAAUGUCGGCAUUCGAGAGUCCCCACCACGCUGCUUCUGCAACGCCAACUCCACCGUGAUUUAAUCCCUCAAUACCACCAAAAUCAUUCACUCCCCACUUCACCGUUCUUAAAUUCAAAUCGGUUACUGGAAAGUAGAAGGUGAAAGCGACUCUGAACGUCACCUUUGGCCCCUCCCCUUCCCUUCCCUGCGUUUUAAUCGAACUCAACAGCGAAGCACCAAUCUCUCUCUUUCUCUUCAUCUCCCUCUCUCUGUCAAGGACAAUAAUGCCGUCGGGUCCAAAGAAGAGGAAAAAUGCUAAGAAGAAAAAGGAGACAGCCUUGCAUGUGGGUGCUCCAACUAACAUUCCAGAAGAAGUUGGUGGUGAUGAUGUAAAAGUGGUGUUGGAAAAGAGUGGUGGCGGUGUUGUUGUUGGUCGUGAUGUUGAUGGGAAUGAUGAGGAUGCCUCAUGGGAUUCGAAGCAAACUAAAACUGAUAGCUCGGAUUCAACAGUAGAGGAGCACCCUUGUCUUCGUUCUCGCGAUUCGAUCGGUGAAACGGCGGAGGCAGUUGAGGUCUUGAAGAUGGACGAGAAGAGUGACGGAGGGGAAGAGGCUACAGUUGUUGCUCAGAGGCUUGAGGAAAAUAAGGGCGACGCAGGGUUUGAGCGUGUGGAGGAUGGGAAAAUUAGUGUUGAAUUGGUCGAGCCUCUGAAGGUUGAUGAAAAGGGUGGGAGUAGCAGCAGCAGCAGCAGAAGCAGUAGUAGUAGUUCUAGUGAUGAUGGGGGCUCGGACAGUGAUCGCGAUAAGGAAUCAGAGAAGCAGGAAGUCCUUCCAGCUUUGAAGGGAUCAGAGAAGACGGAAGUUCUUUCUGGGGCUCCAGAGGAAUCAGAGAAGACGGAAGUUUUUUCAGGAGCUCUGGAGGAAUCAGAGAAGCUGGAGGUUCUUUCAGGGGCUCUGGACAAAUCAGAGAAGGCGGAAGUUCUUUCAGGUGCUCUGGAGAACUCCGAGACUUCGGAAGUUCUUUCAGGUUCUCUGGAGAAUUCCGAGACUUCGGAAGUUCUUUCAGGUGCUCUGGAGAAUUCCGAGACUUCGGAAGUUCUUUCAGGUGCUCUGGAGGCUGCAGAGGAAGAGUACAGGAUCGAUGUAGUCAAGGUUGAAGUCCCGAUUGAAAGUUCUGGCUUGGAAAGCACCAUUGAAAUCGGAAAGGUAACAAACGUGGAAAGCGUGAUUGUUCCGGAUGCUGCUGCCAGUUCGAUUGAAUCUGAGAAAGAGGUAACUGUAAAAGCCAUUGACAAUCCUGGUCUUCAGAACUCGGUUGAAUCAGUAAGGGAGGAAAUCAAGGAGGCUUUGGCAAUGUCUUCCUCGACGGAGGUUCAUCAGGAAAUAGAGCAACAGGCUGUGAUUGUGGAAUCGAUAGACAAGCCCAUCGUUGAGCCCGCUAAGGAUAAUGAAAAAUCAGAGGAAACAGAGAGAACUUUACCACCACCAAUUGUACGAAGAACUUCCUGGAAGGGUUGUUGUGGAUUAUUUGACGUUUUUCUUGGCUCAAACAGAUGAACAAGGUUGGAUUUAUCCAUAGGAUGUGUUUGACUCAAACUCUUCUUGAUUUCUGCAAGAUGGAUCUAUCGUUUCCAAUUUUUCUUCACUUAAUUUCCAGUUCUUGUAUACCUUCACUUGAAAAGGGUUGUAGGUUCCCCAGCUGUUCUUAUGUUUUAUCCUUCAUAUUGUUAUAUGACAUCAUCUUAGGGAGAAGAAGAUCAUACCUACUAUCCAGAUGUUUGGAUAACAGUUUUUUUUUUUUUUCAGUUUAUUUAAGCUUGCAUUUUGUGCAACUUUUUCUUCUAUCAGGUUUGAUUCCAAUAAAUGUCUUUGGCCUCAACAAAGGCUAUAAAGAAUAUUUGUGGAGCAUAAAUGUCCUUCAUCCUGGAUGCUACCUUUAUUGGAUACAUCGAUUCUGUAGAAUUUAUUGGUAAUUGAUGUUUUUUGGGUUCAUGUUUCUGACAGUACAAAGUCUGAUAAAUGAACUUGAAUCCUCUUGCAAUGCAAGCAUGGUGACAGCUUUCAGACAAAUAUAACCUUAAAGGGAAAAGCUACCUUACUACCUGGAAACCUAAUUUAUUGCCAUUUCUGCGUUCAAGCAGUUGAUGCUUUCUAAACCACACUUGAAAAGGCAUCAUUUUCCAACGUCUAUGAAAUGACAGAGCAGGAUGCCUGCAGCGCUUCAGCAUUGAAGAUCAUACUAACUCUACGUUCACAAAUUCCACUAAUUUUUGGGGGAGUAUGGAAGUGUAACCACAGGAUCACAGAGUUUUUGACUAUGGAUACAGGAUAUCAUUUUGGUGAUGCCCUGUUAUUGAGGAGUUAUGUUGCAGCAGUUGAGUUGAUUACAUAUGGAAAGACAUGGAAGCUCAGUUCUGGUGAUAUCAAGGAUAUCCUGCAUCUACUUGAUAAUAUCCAAUCCAAUCAUGUUUUCUGUGCUACUAGUGACUAUCAAUUUAAUCUCCAGAAAACGACUUUCAAGACAAGAUAUUCCAACUAUUAUUGAGUUUCAAAUACUGGACUGGCUUCUCUUGCUAAGGGUGCAAAGUCUUGUGCUUCCAGCAGGACAGUUUCAAGAUUUUGUUCAUGGAGUUCAAUAUGGCUAAAUGAUGGGGUUCUCUUCUCUUUGUUGUGGUUUCUGUCUGUUUUGUUCCUGAUGCUCUGGAGAGCAGCCCAGAGACAAAGCUGUUCCCUGGUUUCCUUAUUUAUCAUGGUAAAACCUUAAAAGGUCAUUUUUUCUUUGUUAAUUGCCAUAAUGACCAGGGCAGUUGAUCAGGACAAUAAAGAUCCUUUGAAACAUUUUUAGCGGGAUAUUGCUUUGACCGGUGUCAAUGAAUCUAAGGGUUACCUGUUAAUAUGUCUUCCUAACAGAAAAAAUAUCUAGUAGCAAAAAUGUUGUCUCUGCUUUAAUCACAGAUUAUGGUGUCUAACUUAACGGCAAUAUGGCAGACCUCAGUGGUAUGUUCUUAACCAUAAUAUUUUGCUUUUUGGGCUUGGUAGAUAGAUAAUAUCCCAUUUUCAGACUAUAUAACUAAAUUUAGCUUUAUUGGCCCUUUCUUUGAGAAUGAGACGUGGAAGGCCCUUCUGACAAGAACUUGAUUUAAGGAAACUGUCUGCUAGUGGUUGGCCUCAAUCUUCAGAAUAUGGUGGACCACAACUGUCCCCGUUGCUUCUCUUUACCCAUUACACUCUAUACUUGAACUUGACUUGGUGGUCCUUUCCAUGAAGAACAAUUUCCUUGAGAGCAUUUGGCCAAUGUUUUGCCAUUCUAACAUCUUUUCUUUGGGUCAAUAUUCCAUGUCAGUACCUUCAUUUUUCAUCGUUCUCCUUUUUCUUUCUCUUGGAGCAUUUUGUCACGGAAGAAAGAAAGCACCAGCUUGGGGCGUUGGUAAAUUACAUUUCUGUUGGUGGUUCUCAGAAGUAUUCAAUGAAAAAAAUUGUUCGAGCUCACCUUUUAAGCUUAUGCUUGCAAAGUGAAAUCGUCAGAACAAUCAAGCAAUAAGAAAUCCAACAUCAUUAUAAUGAUUCUUGACAACAUUAAUUUUUCCGAUUGAGAUUUUUCAGCCAUUGCAGUGUUGGAAUCUCUCUGUAGCAGGCUGGAAUGUGGCGGUCUGUUAUUUUACAAAUAAAAAGAGAUGCAUGUCAGUUGUAUGGAAAGCUUCAUGUCAAAAAUGUUAGAUGAUGUUAUUGGGAGCGCGACCUAGUUGAAAAGACAUUUUCUAGCAUGAUGGCGUCAAAUUUCCUUAAUAGCUUGCAAACUUUAAUCUUCGUCAGGAAAUUAUCCUUUAAUUUUUAAAUGUAGGUUUGGCAUUUCUUUACGUGUGCUUUUCAGAUGAGGUGCAUGCACUUGAAUAUGCGCUCAUAUAUUGGUGAAUAUGCCAUCAGAAUAUGACGUGGAUUCCAAUAGUUCCUUAUAGUCUCAGAAAAUUUUGUGCAUAUGUCUGCCUGGAGGUGCAUGGUUGCCAUUACCAUCACUUUCAGGUUUAGUUUCUAUUUUCUGUUCUUUUUAGUUUAACCAUCUGUGGGUGUGGCAGACUGAUAUUGCAAGGUCUGCUUUGCAUAUGUAGUCACCAUUCAUUAAUCCUAGGAACUUUUUAUUGAAUUCAGAAUAUGACGUGGAUUCCAAUAGUUCCUUAUGCUGUGUUAGUCUCAGAAAAUUUUGUGCAUCUGUCUGCCUGGAGGUGCAUGGUUGCCAUUACCAUCCCUUUCAGGUUUAGUUUCUAUUUUCUGUUCUUUUUAGUUUAACCAUCUGUGGGUGUGGCAGACUGAUAUUGCAAGGUCUGCUUUGCAUAUGUAGUCACCAUUCAUUAAUCCUAGGAACUUUUUAUUGAAUUAAUGUAUAACAAAGUAGGUGUUUGUGCAAAACAAAGCUUAGUUAACAACAAUGUAUUCAAUUGAUGUAUUGAAUUAAGCAUGUUCAUGUCGUGUAGUGAUGAAAUCAUAGCUUUCUGUCCCCCAUGCUUGAAAGCUUAUAUCAUUUGGAGUAGCAGUCAGUCUGGUCUUGCUGCCAUUCUUGUGAAGUUGUUUAUAAUCUUAGAUCACCAGGAACGGAUUGGUCAAUGACCACAUAUUGCUUUUCCUCUCCGACUCCAACUUGAAGGCUUUUCCAUUUAACUAGCGUCCUCACUUUCCUCUAAACACUUAUUCAUAAAAGGUAGAUUUUAUCUUGUAGAUGAACUAUGAAUAACUCUAUGCUUUUCUUGCUACCAUUGCCUCUAAUUCAGUAAUCGUCAAUCAAUAAAGAAGCACAGUGAGACUUUUAUCUAAUUGUUACACAUGCAUCUGUAAUGAUGUGUGAACUCAGUAGCUUGAUAUUGCUUACUUUUUUUGUGUUUCCAUUGUCUAUUCAUUUGUAUCCUUGUAACAAUGAGCACCAUUAAAACGCUAUAUUGUACGGUGUGUUUUUCAUCAGAAGCUACAAUAUUUUAUAGUGAGUUUUGUUACAAGAUUCAGUCUAGAGAUCUGUUGUAUGCAGUAUUUGUUUAUGCUUUUGAAAACCAUGCGAUGGGCUAGUGAUUAUAGAAGCCUAUGAAAUAAUUUCAUUUGAAAAUUGAGAUGUGCAAUGCACUUUGUGAUGGUUGUCAUAUUAAUUGCUUACAUGCAUUUAUGUCUAAUG